UUAAAACAAGCCACAUGUUAUCGUUUAGAAAUUUGUAAAAAUAAAGCAAAUUUGUUCAAUAAAACCAUCGCAGAAAUGGGCAAGAGUAAAAAAUCUUUCAUUGACCGGAAAAAUGCAGUGACUUUCCAUUUAGUUCAUCGGAGCCAGCAUGAUCCUCUAAUAACAGAUGAAACAGCUCCUCAACGUGUCCUCUUAGAAGCCAGUGCACGUCAAUCACAAAAAGGCAGCACGACAGUGGCACCAGAUGCAGUCAAAAGGAAAGAAGAACAGCGAAAAUAUGGAAUUGAUUUUGAUGACGAAUACGAUUACUUGCAGCAUUUGAAACAACCGGAGCAAGAGGUAGUUUGGGAAUAUGCCGAAAAUCCUAAUCAAGCUAAAAAAGGUGUAAAUGAAAAACAUGUCCUCGAAGCUCUUAAACUUGUUCUGCCUAGUUCAGUGUUUGCAAGCGAGUAUGAAGAACCAGAUGGAUUGCUUAACAAAGCGGCUCCUCAACCUGGUCCCCAUCCUGAUUGGGACCCAGAUGUAGUGGCUGCUCUAGAUGGUGAUUUUGAUUUUGAUAACGAAAAUAAUCAACUAGAAGAUGACUUUAUCAUAAAGGCCAUGGGUGAUGAAGAAACAAAUCAAGAGCAGGAAGAAAGCCUUAAUUCAAUUGAUUUUAGUGAUGGCUCUGAUAUCGAAGAGCUUGGGGAUGACUUGGGGCCUCUAACCCGAAAUUGUCGUUUUGUUGAUGAAGAAACGAAGUCCCGUUUCACUGAAUAUUCCAUGUCCUCGAGCGUAAUGCAUCGUAAUGAACAAUUAACUUUAUUAGACGACCGUUUCGAACGCUUUUACGCCACCUAUGACGAUCCGGAACUCGGAGACCUUGCCACAGAGGAAAUUGAAGGCGCCUGGCAUCAAAAGCACCCACACCUAAUGGAUUGCAUGCAGGAGUUCAAAAAAUCCAAAAAAGCAUUAAAAUAUAACAAAGAAUGGGACCGCCAACGUAUAGAAAAGUAUCGGUAUGUCGCUGACGGAGAUCUAGAUCCGAAUGAACAGCUGGUAGAAGUAGAAGUUGAGGACCCAAAAAGAAAAAAAUGGGAUUGUGAAUCCAUAUUAUCAACGUAUUCAAAUAUAUAUAAUCACCCGAAGUUGAUUGAGGAGCCUAAAAACAGAUCACGUUGCACAUCCUGUUCUACGCAAGAGGCACAAAACCAGAAAAUUGUUAUCGAUUCGCAAACUGGUAUACCUAUGAACGUUUUGCGUGGUGGGAACAAUAAAGUUACUGCGAAAGCUCUAGCAAAACUUGAUGGUGGGCGAAGCAGUUUCGCGGCUCCUAAGUCACUAUGUGACAAAUCGGUGUUGUCGACUUUAAGUGUUUUGUCUAUUAGGCCUAAAGAUGAAACAUGUGAAGAAAGACGUGAACGCAAAAGAUUGGUGAAGGAAUAUCGCAACGAACGUCGUAUAGAAAGAAAGGCAAACGCAGAGGCAUUUAGAAAUGAAAAGAAACGACAAAUAAAUGUGAAAAUUAAUCGACAACAAAAUCAACAAGGAACAAAAAUCAUGUAGAAAUUGUAUGAAUUAAAUUGAAAUAUGAAAAGCGCGGGAUUAUACAUGUCUUACUUCAAUAAAA